AUGGUACACACACCGUUUACAUGGCGCUAUGGAGGUCACCAGGUUUCAAUUUGUGGCUCUUUCAAUGGUUGGACUGAGAAGAUACCAAUGAUUUUAGUGGAGGAUUCGGCUUCUAUUUUCCAGAGAAUUAUUGAUCUUCCGCCUGGUUAUCAUCAGUACAAAUUUUUUGUUGAUGGUAUGUGGCGAGUGGAUGAGCAGCAGAUUUGUGCUCAGGAUGAGUAUGGAACUAUCAACAAUAUAAUUUUAGUUAAGGGAGCAGAGAAUGUGUCUCCAAAUUUAACUGCUGAAGCUUUUCUGCCUCAUAUAAACUUGGAUAAUGCUAGGAUCAUGGAGUUUAUGGGUUCAUCUUCAGGCGCCCCAGUUAAUGAGGCAGUUCUGCAAUUAUCAGAUGGUGAGAUGGAUGUUUCUCGUAAUCUUCUAUCAAUGCAUUUGUCAUCUUCUAGAGCAUAUGAUUUGAUUCCAUAUUCAGGCAAGGUCAUUGUAUUUGAUGUUGAAGUGGCUGUGGAACAAGCCUUCCGUGACAUGUUUGACCAGGGGCUUGCAGUCGUGCCGUUAUGGGAUGAGCAUCAUGGACAGAUUGCAGGAAUGCUAACUGCAUCAGAUUUCAUGUUGAUUUUACUCGAGCUUCACAGAAAUCGUGCCAUGUUCACCAAUGAAGAUCUUGAUAUGCACACGAUUUCUGCCUGGAAACACCGAAAAUUUCAUCACCCUAGAGAUAUGAUCAGGUCUUCUGUUCCACUUCAGCAAAGGUCGUUAAUCCAAGCAGGUCCUGAUGAAUCUUUGGGAGGCUUGGCUUCAAGAAUUCUACAUAAUAAGAUUUCUGCAGUUCCCAUCGUACAUUCAGCAAAAGAUGGAUCUUGUCCUCAGUUGUUACACGUAGCUUGCCUCUCUGAAAUACUAAAACACGUAUGCAGGCAUUUUAAACACCAUAUUGGAUAUCUGCCGCUUCUACAGCAACCAAUUGGUUACCUUCCAUUAGGUACCUGGGCUAGAGAAGUUGGAAGAGCAAGUGAUCGUCCGUUGUUGACAUUACGAACCAAUGAUUCUCUUGAUUCUGCUCUUAAUUUAUUGCUUGAAGCUCAAAUAAGUUCAGUGCCUAUUCUUGAUGACAGGGGUAACAUUGUAAGUGUGUACUCUAGGAGUGAUAUCAUCUCAUUGGCAAAAGACAACAUGUAUAUCCGCAUCCAACUUGAUGAGAUAAUGAUGUCUCAGGCACUGGAAGCUACUGGCAAAGCAUUAAGCCGUCAUCGAUACCAAACAUGCACUCGGUUCGAUUCCUUGUAUAGGGUAAUGGAACUUCUGUCAGAACCAGAUGUGCGGCGCGUAAUUGUUAUUGAGGCCUGCAGUCGACAAAUUGAAGGCAUAAUAACACUGAGAGAUGUAUUUGCUUUUAUUUUGAGAUGA